AUCAGACAGCCUGUAUCUUCAGAGAAAGGGGAGGAGACCCAAAGUCUUCAGUCUUCGCCACAUGCACAGCCACAUUUCGCACUCAAUAUUUAUGGUAAUGAGCUAAGCAAAAGUCUUGGUCUUUGCUUAUCCUUCCUCAAGUUUUUCAUUUCAAAAAAUUCUAAGCCAUUUUUUCAUCAGUUACCACAUAUUAUGGCUUCUUGUUCCUCCUCUUCUUCUUCUUCUAUCAAUCCUCAAUGCAAGAAUUAUGAUGCGUUUAUAAGUUUUAGAGGUGCAGAUACCCGAGAAGGCUUUGUCAGUCAUCUGUACGAAGCUUUGAAUCGAAAACAAAUCUGUACCUUCAAGGAUGAAAACCUUGACAGAGGAGAAGAGAUCUCACCAGCCCUCUUGAAAACAAUUGAAAACUCACUGGUUUCCAUAGUCAUUUUCUCAGAAGACUAUGCCUUUUCUCCAUGGUGUUUGGAUGAGCUUGUGAAGAUUCUUGAAUGCCAGGAAACUAAAGGACAAAUAGUAUUACCAGUUUUUUACCAAGUAGAUCCCACCGAUGUUCAAGAGUUGACAGGAAGAUUUGGGGAUGCACUUGCUCAACAUAAGGAAAAAUUCAAAGAAAAGGUGGAGAGCUGGAGCCGUGCUUUGACGGGAACGGCCAAUAUUUCAGGAUGGAAUUCAAAAAAUAUCAAGCCUGAAUCUAAACUAAUUGAGGAAAUUGUCAAUGACGUUGGCAAGAAAUUAAAUCACAUGUUUCCAAGUGUUUAUGAUGAAGAUGGCUUUGUUGGAAUUGGUUCUCGUGUCAAGAAAGUUGAAUCAUUUUUAUGUCUUGGAUCAGAAGAUGUGCGUAUGGUAGGAAUUUGGGGAAUGCCAGGUAUUGGUAAGACAACUAUUGCUGACAAAGUAUUUAAUAGAAUUGCGAGCAAAUUUGAGGGUCAAUGCUUUAUUGCAAAUGUUCGAGAAGAGUUAGAAAAGCGCAGUCCAUUUCAAUUACGAAGUGAAAUCCAUGACAAAAUAUUAGGGGGAGAAAAUUUUUAUGUAAGCACACCAGACACAUUGCAUCCUUUUAUUAAAAGAAGCCUUCAAAAUAGAAGAGUUGUUAUUGUUCUUGAUAAUGUGGAUGAUUACUUGCACCUAACAGACUUAGUAGGAGGGCGGAAUUUGUAUGGUCCAGGAAGUAGAAUCAUUGUAACAAGCAGAGAUAAACAAGUGCUUAAAAUUGCAGAUUAUAUUUAUGAGGUUGAGAUUUUAAUGUUUCAUGAAUCUCUUCAACUCUUUAGCUUGCAUGCCUUCAAACAAACUCAUCCCACAGAUGGAUUCAUGGAACAACUCUCAGAAAAAGUGGUAAGUCAUACUCAUGGACUUCCAUUAGCCCUUAAGGUUUUAGGCUGCAGCCUUUAUGGUAAAGAUGUGACAGAAUGGGAAAGUGAGUUGAAAAAACUUGAAAGUACUCCCAAUAAGAAAAUUCUAGGCAUUCUGAGAAGAAGUUAUGAUGGCCUAGAUGAUAACGAAAAGAGUAUAUUUCUCGAUAUUGCAUGUUUUUUUAAAGGGGAAGAAAAAGAGCGCGUAAAAAAUAUAUUAGACUGCUGUGGUUUUUAUGCAGAAAGUGGAAUCCGUAGUCUGCUUGAUAAGUCUCUAGUAACUAUUUUCAUGGAGAGGUUGCAGAUGCAUGACUUACUACAACAAAUGGGUAAGGAUAUUGUUUGCGAGGAAAAAGAGCCUAGAAAGCGUAGCAGGUUGUGGAAUGCCAAGGAUAUACGUGAAGUACUGGCAAUAAAUAAAGGCGCUAGAAGAGUUGAAACCAUAUUACUGGACUUGUCCAAAAUUGAAAACAUGGAACUAUGCCCUUCUGCCUUUGAGAAAUUGAAUAAUCUUAGAUUGCUCAAAUUUUUCAAUCCUUGCCCUGAGGAAAUCAAGUUACAUCUUCCUAAAGGCCUGAAAUAUCUUCCAAAUGAGCUGAGGUUUCUCUACUGGGAUCAAUACCCUUUGAAAUCCUUGCCCUCGAAAUUUUGCCCCGAGAAUCUUGUUGAGUUGCACAUGCAGAGUAGCCAACUCAAACAACUUUGGAAGAAAGAUGCUCCGGAUCUUGAAAAGUUGAAAUUUAUGGACCUCAGCUACUCGGAACAACUGAUAAAAAUUCCAGACCUGUCAAAAUUCCCAGAACUUGAGGUUACAUUUUUGAGAGGCUGUACAAGUUUGAUUGAAGUUUCUUCGUCUACUAAGUAUGACAGCAAGAUUACAAAUCUAGAUCUUAGAGACCGCAGAAAACGCUGCCAUUUUCCAAGCUGCAUUUAUUUGACGAAUCUUGUAAGUCUUUCUUUCAAUGGUUGCUCAAAACUAGCUCGUCUGCCAAGUAGCUUAGGGGAAUUGAGAUGCCUUGAAUAUCUUUAUCUCGACGGAUGCAAAAAGCUAGCGAGUCUUCCAAACAGCAUAUGCAAUCUGAAAUCUCUAAAAUGUCUAAACAUCGAAUAUUGUGUAAAUCUCCAUGGAUUGCCAGAGAACUUGGGGGACUUGGAAUCUCUGAAGAACCUGAUAGCAACUAGAAGUGGUAUAAGAAAACUGCCAUCUUCAAUUAAUCAGUUGAAGGAAUUGAAUUACUUGGACUGUGAUGGAUGUGAACGUUUGAAUUUGAUAUUGCGUCCUUUCACUGGUUUGGCCAUUUCGGUGCUUUUUCUCGAGGGUUGUGGUAUAUCAGAAAUUCCCAGUAAUCUUGGCUCUUUAGGGUCACUGACAAAUGUAAAUUUAAGUAAAAAUAAUUUCAGAAGCAUACCUGCCAGCAUCAAGCAAUGUUCUAAGUUGACAAAACUUGUUUUAAGAGAUUGCAAGAGCCUUCAAUUUUUGCCAGAGCUUCCAUCAUCUCUAAAAUGGUUAGAAGCACAAAACUGCACAUCGCUGAGGUUUAUAUCGAGCUCAUUCAUACUACGAUAUAUGACUUCCUUUUGGGAUUUGGAUCUAAGCAAGUGCAUUAAUUUGGAUCAGAGGGCAUGCAGUUUAUUAAUGUUUUGUCCACUGCUGAAACUUCAAUGCAUGAGACUACCAGAGGAACAAUAUCUGGACGAAAAGGUUGUUGCAAUGAUAGAGUUAUGUUGGAAAGAUGAGCUAUGCAUCCCGCGAAGUGAAGUGCCAGAAUGGAUGAUGUACAAAAAUGAUAAUGGAUCUUCAUUGUCAUUCUCUCUCACAGCACCCCAUGCUACCAACUUCAUCAAGAUCGCUUUUUGUGCUUUAGUCGCACCCAAAGCUAAUCAUUCAUGUAAUUUCAGUCGUAUUUUAUGCGAAUGCCACUUCAUAGCUGAGUCUGGAGAUAUCCUCAUUUAUUGUUGCGAUAGUACAUUGGUCAAUAUAAAUGACAUCUCCCUUUGGAAUUCCACCAUUACUUCUGAUUCCAAGAAAUUCCGCAAGGCGUCGUUUCAAUUCUAUGCUAAGACCGAUGAUGAUGAUGAUGCAUCAUAUAUCAGCGAGGUCAUACUCAAGUGUGGAAUCCAUCUAAUAUUUGAUCAUAACUCGGAAGAUGACAAUAAUGAUGAUGAUGAUGUCUUAUUUCAAGGAUUGAAAGAGAGGCAACAACUUGAAGAUUCUGAAACUAUCUGGUCAUCAUAUUUGGAGGAUUAUAUGAAUUUCUGCAUGAUACAAUGUCCUGAAUAGAGUAAUAUAUAUAUAUAUAUAUAUACACACACAUGUGGAAAGGCCAAUGAACAACAUAAAAUAAAAAACUUUGCAAUGAUCACUUCAUGAUAAAUUAUUCUACAUUACAUCACUUUUCUUUUAUUGAUUUAAUUGUAUUAUAGAACUAAUUUUAAAUCAUUAUUUCUUUUUUCUUUCAAUUGCAAGAAA